AUGUCUAGUUUCUUUUUCUCUGAUGACCCUCAAAGGCCCGAGCCCUCUGAAUUUUUAUGUGGCGUCGUGGAAGGCUUUUACGGUCGUCCGUGGACGUAUCCUCAGCGUCGUGAGCUCUUUAGGCGCAUGCAGUCAAUGGGGAUGAACGCUUACCUCUAUGCUCCUAAAGAUGAUUUAAAGCACCGACUUUCAUGGCGUGAGCUCUACACGGAUAAGGAGGCGGAAAAUAUGCAGUCGCUUAUUGCUGCUGCUGAUGCCCACAACAUCUGCUUCAUCUUUGCAAUCUCUCCCGGCAGCGACGUUGUCUACUCCGAUGAAGAAGACGCUGCUGCCUUGAAGGCGCGUCUCGAGCAGGCUCUGAAUCUGGGCUGCCACGCAUUCGCCUUGCUCUUUGACGACAUUGACAUGCGUCUAUGUCUGGCGGACCAGGAGGUCUUUGUCUCACCGGGGCUGGCCCAGGUAGCGCUCACUAACAAGGUCUACGAGGCUCUCAACCGUCCGGAUGUCUUUCUCUUCUGUCCCACUGAGUACUGCGCCAGCCGGGCCGUCCCUAACGUCAACCACUCCACCUAUCUCGCCACCCUAGGAAGUGAUCUCGCUGAAGGAAUAAAAGUGAUGUGGACAGGACCCUUGGUCGUCAGUAAGCGCGUUCCCACCUUGGGAAUUCGCGACCUUUCGCGUCUGCUGAAGCGACCGAUUGUGCUGUGGGACAAUCUGCACGCCAACGAUUACGACCAGCGUCGCGUCUUCCUCGGGCCCUAUGCGGGCCGACCGCUGGCUCUUCGCCGUCGCCGCCUGCUCCAUGGCAUUCUCACCAACCCCAAUUGCGAGUUCGAGGCCAACUACGUUGCUAUUCACACUCUCGCUCAGUGGACCCGCAUCGGGCACCCCUCCCAUGCUGACAAGGUAGCCGUGUCAGCGGACCUCGCCGAUGUGGGCGAUGACUUGGAGCGCGAGGAGGAGGGAGGACAGGAGGGCGGCGCACACUCCUCUCCCAUCUAUCGACCACGAGAGGCCCUCCAUAAUGCUCUCAGGGACUGGUUGGCCCUCAUGCUUCAGGACCAGAGGUCGAACUCAGUGUUAGCAAAGCGAAACUUUUCGCACCCAGCAACUCCAACACCCAUGGAAACAGACUCUACAGACACCCAAGAGGUCCCCAUGCAGGUUGAAAACAGUGAAAGCACUAGUGCUAGGAUUGGAUCUGACGUCAACAUGGGCUCAGAGUCUACCAAUGUGGUUCAAUCACUCGGUAUCGGUUUGGAGGACCUUGAGCUACUCUCGGACUUGUUCUAUCUCCCUUUCUCCCACGGACCAACUGCACUGAAAGCGCUUGAAUUGGGCCACUGGCUUCGUGAAAACUCCCAUCUUGCUCCCGCAGACAAAAGUGCUGACGUGGAGCACAAUAAGUGGUGUAAAAAGUUUGCCGAACUCAUUAAAAUAAUCACUAAUGUGAGUCAGCUGAGGGAGAAGAUCCAACGGCUUCCCCAUCCUGGUGUUGUAUAUGAUCUCGCACCCUACCUCACUGACAUUACCUCUGUCUUUGCUAUGCUACUUGACUAUUUCCGAUGGCUCGAAAACGGCGUCAUGGCGAACCGAAGUCAGGCUCAUCUGAAACGCCUCCUUACCUGGUUUUCUCCAGGCUACAGUGAAAUGACAAUGUCGGGCGAUCACGAGCCUUGGAUGUUUCGAGGUGGUCUUAUCACCGAACUUCAGCGGAUUCUUCCUCUCGAAUCGGCACAGGAUCUGUUCCCCGCGCCCAGUCGCGUGAGCCCCACGAUGACCGCAACCCCCACUGGUCCGCUGGCCGCGGACGACCUCUCUCCCUGUGAGCAAGCCUCCUCUCUCCUUGCGUCAGACAGGUGGAACGCUGCUAAAGUGGGCUUCCAGCCGCGUCGACCCUACCUCCUGCGACCUUACAGACUCGAGGACAAACCAAAAAUCUAUGGUCUUUGGCGACGUAUGCUCCUGCACAGACUCGGCCUCCCGAAAGACGCCUUGCCCGAGAAGUAUGAGGAUCUUCCUGGUGACCGGUACUUCGCUGCCUACUUGGAGCGUUUUCCACAGCACUGUCUGGUGGUGGAGGGUCCACCUCUCUUCUUCGACGCCGCAUUGGAGGCGUCGUCAGUUUCGACUAGUACAGGACGGAGUUCGUCCCCUACAGCCGCUCCGCCAUGGGAUAUCGUGGCGUUCGCCUUCGCAGCGCCCGACAUCGGCGCGCUGACCCGCGUAUGGGACGACCUGCGGCGCGGUCAGCUGCGUGUCAAGUACCCCAAGGAUGAGGCUCUGUGUGGUAGUGGAAAUCACCUCCCAAUACCUCGUAAACCUUCCAUAAACAACAUACCACCUCGACUCUCUGUUGAGGACUUUAUUCGUAUAUCGUUGGACUGGAUACACGACGAACGCAUAACUACAGCGGCUUCAAGCAUCAUUGCCGAAGCAGCUGUCACCGAGGUACCACCUCCCGAGCCGUUGGGUGCUGCUAUCUCUGAACAACAACAUCAGCAACAGCAACAGCCAAUGGCAGUGGAGAUUUGCGGGCAGGAGGAGAAGCCCACCGAAAAAACAGUCACUGCUGAGGAGGCACAGACGGGUGCGGACGUGGUGGAAGCGGAGUACGCGGAGAGUAACAACGGGGAGCAACAGAGGAUGAGAUCGAAAGGCGAGGAUGAAAAUGUUACUAUCGCCACCACCGCGAAAGUGGACCAGGGUCUAAAGAAAAUUGACGAGGGGGAGGAGACAAGGUCGGGCGCCCGGACAGUGGAGGCUAUCCACUCGGCAAUAAUAUCGCACCCGGCGAGCAUCUUCGUUGAGUUAGACGACUACAGUUUCAGCGGAGCCUCUGGUGGAGUCGCUGGGCUCCCCAUGAACCCCUUGACCAUGAUGAAUCACCACCUUGGAGUGGGUUCUGAUCCGCCAGAGUUAGUGCUUGACGAAGUUGCCAGGCGUCUCUUUGUUUGCCUUCUGGCUGGACUCAAAACCUGUGCCUCGCAUGGAGUCCAUGUGGAGUUGGACGCGAUAAACGAAACACGGGCUGAACUCUACCGCCGUUUCGGAUUCUAUCCAGUUGCCGCUGCCUCCACCGACUUUGUCACGGUCAUGGGGCGUCUUAUUUGA